AUGAAGCCAGUCGCUGCGCUGUGCGUGGUGCUGGUUGUUUCUGCCAGCGCCCAGCUUCUUCGUCCAUGUUUGGCAGUCUAUGGCAUUCUGAAUGGAGCCGUGAAUUUGGUGCAGCGUAAGCUGACGGCAUCGUUGCUGAGCAGUCAAGCUCCAGUGGAUGCCUUCGAGGCCGUAGAAGGGGGGGCCAAUCGCGUCUGCCGGGGCAUCAACGCGUCGGAUGAUGACAAUUCCUACUACGUGGUGCAUGGUGGAAGCAGGGCAGACAGCAUCGAAGCCUGCAAGAGCGCUUGUGUCGACACUUUGGGAUGCAGAGGCAUUGAGUUCAGGCCUGGGCGUUGUGAAGUUUGGGUUCGUGUUGGUGGCAUCCAAGCGGCUGCGGUGACCAAUGGUCCGAUUUGCCUGCGAUAUGUCCCCUUUGUCCUUGCGGAGGGCCAGCUCGAUCGUGCCUGCCGGGGUGGAAGCGUUUCCGACAACAACCCGGCCUACUAUGAGAUCAUGACCGCAAGCUCCAUAGAGGCUUGCCAGGCCAGCCACGCGCACCUUUCAUUCAACUCGAUGGCAGUGAUCGAGCCUGUCGAGGGCAUUGAGGUGAGCUCCAAUAGCUCCAGCGGCAGCUGCAAGGUGUGGACCCGGGCCUCCGGGAUCCAGGCCACGGCGCCCCUUGCUGGAGCCCUUUGCCUCCGCUCUGGAACCCUUGGAGUACCUGAUGCUUUCAUGAAGGUGGAUGGCGGCAGUGACCGGGCCUGCCGUGGCCAGUCGACCUCAGAUUGGAGUCCCUCGUAUUUUCUUUACUUCAGUGCUGCGCAGUCUCCCUCGCUCGAUGACUGCAAGAGCAGGUGCCUGAAGAAUUCAGACUGCAAAGGCAUUGAUUUCAGCGCCAACGGCUGCAAUGUGUGGACGCGUCCCGUUACCACGUCCAUCAGCUUCACAGGCUCCACGUGCCUGCAGUACGAGCCCUUCGUGGGCAUUGAUGGGGGAGACCGGCGAGGCUGUUUCGGCUCGUCGCCUCAGAUAACUACCUUGGCUUUUCCCACAUCGGACCAAUGCAAGGCCCAGUGUGCAAAAACCCGCGCUUGCCAGGGCAUCGAGUACAGCUCUUCACAAUGCAACAUUUGGACAUCCGCCAUCACGGGAAGCUACGCAAGUGAUGCAAGGACCUGCAUGCGCUAUCAGCCCUUCGUCCCUGUGGGCGGUGGCCUAGACAAAGCUUGUGGUGGCAUUGACUCAAUGGACGCAUGGCCCAGCUACUACACACUCGCAAGCUCUGAGUCCCUUUCGGUGGCAUCGUGCAAGACCCUGUGCCUCUCAACCAUUGGCUGCAGGGGCAUUCAGUACAGUGCCACAGGUGGUGUUGGAACUUGCCAGGUUUGGACUCGCCGCGGGGGCAUCCAAUCCUCCAGAGACCUCAGUGGCUCCUUGUGUUUGCGCCUGGGGCCUUGGGACACCUGGGAGGAUGCCAGCGCCUUCGUUCCAAUGUACAAUCCAUCCAGUCCAUCUGACAGCUACAUUUGUGGUGGUGAGGGUCUGUUGGCGCAGCUUCAUGGGCCUGAGAAGGCCGGAUCUGUGCAAGACUGCGAGCUGCGCUGUGCUGCGAUGCCUGGCUGCAGAGGCGUCGACUUCGGCACAGGUGGAUGCCGAACUUGGCACGGCUCCGGAGCUGUCGCAGCGUCCGCAGCUCAAUCUGGAUCGGCUUGCCACAGCUUCCAGCCCUUCCGCGACGUGGACGGUGGCGAGGGCCGGGCGUGCCGGGGUGAGACUUCCGAGGACGUGCAGAGCUCCUACUACCUGGAGAGCUCGGCCACUUCAUUGCAGGACUGCCAAGACCAAUGCGUGAGGCACUCGGAGACAACCCUGGCAAGCGGAGCAUGCAAAGGCAUCUCGUACGACUCGUCUUCCGGCGCCUGCCGCGUGUGGACGCUUCCAGCCGGCAUCGGGGCCACCGCUGCCGAGGCCGCGUCUUUCUGCCAGCGCUACGAGCCCUUCGUGGCCCUGGACGGCGGCCACAACCGAGCGUGCCGAGGAUGGCAUUCGCAAGACAUCUCUGCCAGCUACUAUACAUCUUUCCUUGCUUCUGAAGUUGCCAGCCUGGAAGCCUGCCGUAUCCGUUGCCUCAAGUUUACGAAUUGCCGAGGCGUCGAAUUCGGCCCGGACGGCUGCAAGAUCUGGACUCGAGAUGUCCGGGCGACGGCUGAAGCAUUCGGUUCCAUUUGCCUACGGUUUGCGUCCUUGGGCCUGGAGGAGGUGGCGGGCGCGGCGGACGCCUUCCAGCCGGUGGAGGGCGGCGCAGGGCGGGCCUGCCGAGGGGCCAACAGCACGGACACGCAGGGGUCCUACUACGACUACUACCACCCCUCGGUGGUGACGACCAUGUCCCGUUGCAAGGCCCUAUGCAUUGAGACGUCGGGCUGCCAGGGCAUUCAGUUCAGUAUCCAUGGCUGUCAGAUUUGGACCCGUGUGGGUGGAAUCCAAAGCACGGCCCCGUCGCCGGACCUGACCUGCCUCAGCUACAAGCCCUUCCGGCUCGUGGAUGGCUUCAGCGACCGGUCCUGUCGCGGGACAAGCGUGCAGGACAACGCCCCCUCCAACUUCCUGAGCCUCGCGUCGCCUUCGUUGGCAGCUUGCCAGAGCAGCUGUGCACAAGAGCCCGGAUGCAAAGGAGUGGAGUACAACGUCAGCGGCACGGCGUGCGAGGUGUGGACUCUGCCCUCGGGGAUCACGGCAAGUGUGGCAUCGCCAGGGACCACGUGCAUGAGGUACGAGCCCUUCGUCGCAGCAGACGGCGGCCUCAACCGGUCAUGCCGGGGAGCAGAUGUGGAUGAUGACUGGCCGAGCUACUACGUGGUCCGCGAGUACACCUGGUCCUCUGGCCCCUCCAUCGAGGAAUGCAAGGGCCAGUGUUUGUCGACGCCCGGCUGUCGAGGUGUGGAGUACACGAAAGCCCAGUGCAAGAUCUGGACCCGUCAGGGCGGGAUCCAAGCGACCGCUGCGAGUCCGGGAUCUUUGUGUCUGCGCUUUGGUCCCUUCGACCCCCUGGAGCUGCUCGAUGCCUUCUGGCCCUUCGACGGCGCUGACCGCGCGUGCCGCGGGAGCUCCCGCACGGACCUCCUGCCCAGCUACUACACGUCCGUUGGCCCGGACAAGGCCGCAUCCCUCGAAGCAUGCAAGAGCCUUUGUGUUCGCACCGCUGGCUGCAAAGCUAUACAGUUCACCUCCACCGAGUGCCAGCUCUGGACAAGGAGUGGAGGCGUGGAGGCCACGGUCACGCAACCCGGCUCCUCCUGCCUCCUCUUCCGGCCCUUCCGUGCCGUGGACGGUGCCGAGGACCGGCGCUGCGCCAGCAGCGGUGCCAACGGCGGUGCCAGCGACAGCCAGCCCAGUGACAGCUUGGCCUCCUGCCAGAUGCUGUGCCAAGAUUCUCCAUGGUGCGCCGGCAUCAGCUUCGAGUCUGGCAAUUGCUCCGUGCACACGGGCGAGUUCUCCAGUGAGGCAAGCCAAGGUAGCCGGUGCCUCAGCUACGAGCCUUUCGUGACGGUGGAUGGCGGCGUGGACCGGGCCUGCAGAGGCUCGCACGAAGACGACCUCAGCAGCUACUACUACAAGGGCUACGCCCUGACGGAAGUGCCGACGCUGGAGCGCUGCAAGCUGCGGUGCGCCGCCACGGAGCAGUGCCAGGGACUGGACUUCUCCGCUGAGGGCUGCAAGGUCUGGACCCGGACCCAAGGCAUCCAGGCCACCAAGGCGAGCCCCGGAAGCCACUGCCUGCGGUAUGGAGCCGCAGACCCUUUGCUGAGUGCUUCUGCUUUCGAGGCAAUGGAUGGAGGUAUGAACCGAGCAUGCCGAGGCCAGGACGAGUUGGACAACUUGGACAGCCACUACACCGUCAUUACCUCGUGGCCGGAGAAUUCAUCAAUGGAUGCGUGCCAGAGACUCUGCAUGAACACGGCUGUGUGCAAAGGGAUAGAAUUUCGUUUAGGCGCCUGCGAGCUUUGGACUCUGGCGGGUGGGAUCCAGGCUUCAGUUCAUUCAGCCGGAAGAGCCUGCUUUCGAUACACGCCUUUCCAGACGCUGGAUGGAUUCUCAGACCGAGUUUGUCGUGGGAGCAGCGUGACUGACACUCAAAGCAGCUACUACAACAUCUACUCUCCAGCUGAGGCUCCCACACUGGAUGCUUGCAAAGCGCUGUGCAUGACGACUCCAAGCUGCAAAGGCAUCGAGUACCGAGGCUGGUGUGAGGUCUGGACGCGGCCAGAAGGAAUCGGAGCGGUUGCGUAUUCUCCCGGGUCGCAGUGCACCCGCUAUCUGCCCUUCAUUAACAUCGAGGGUGGGAUCAACCGAGCAUGCCGUGGUUCGAAUCCAUUGGACAGCUACAGCAGCUACUACAACUUUUUCAGUGGGACCACGAUAGAUGAAUGCAAGGUCUUGUGCUCCAGGACACCUGGCUGCAAAGGCAUCGAAUUCCGUGAUGAACGCUGUGAAGUCUGGACUCGGCGUGGUGGGAUCCAGGCCUCGACGUAUACUCGUGGCUCCUUGUGUAUGAGCUACGGCGGGAGUGAUCCUUUCGAUGACAGUCAUGCCUUCAUUGCCCUGAAUGGUGGCAAUCCCACGAUGUGCCAUGGCUUGUCAAAAGUGUCCGAUGGCCAGACUCCGUCAUUGUACGACUGCCAAGUGAGAUGUCUCUCCACGCCAGGCUGUCGGGGAGUCAGCUUCGGCUCUGGCUUAGGCUGCACAACCUGGCUGGGAGGGGAGCUGUCAGAGCUUUCGCCUGAGUCACCCACUGGGAUUUGGGGUGUUUGCCACAGCUUCCAGCCCUUCCGCGAUGUGGACGGUGGCGAGGGCCGGGCGUGCCGGGGUGAGACUUCCGAGGACGUGCAGAGCUCCUACUACCUGGAGAGCUCGGCCACUUCAUUGCAGGCCUGCCAAGACCAAUGCGUGAGGCACUCGGAGACAACCCUGGCAAGCGGAGCAUGCAAAGGCAUCUCGUACGACUCGUCUUCCGGCGCCUGCCGCGUGUGGACGCUUCCAGCCGGCAUCGGGGCCACCGCUGCCGAGGCCGCGUCUUUCUGCCAGCGCUACGAGCCCUUCGUGGCCCUGGACGGCGGCCACAACCGAGCGUGCAGCGGUUCAAGUGGCGACUACACGGAGCUCAGCUUCUCCCAAGCCUCCAACUUGGAUGCCUGCCGCAGUCGCUGCGUGGCCACUGCAGGCUGCACAGGCAUCGACUUCAGCCAGCAGCGCCUCCGCUGCCGAGUCUGGCUGCGCAGGGUCCGGAGCACCCUCUUCGAGUCCGGCUCGAUCUGCCUGCAGUUUGGGUCCUUGGGCCUGGAGGAAGUGGCGGGCGCGGCGGACGCCUUCCAGCCGGUGGAGGGCGGCGCAGGGCGGGCCUGCCGAGGGGCCAACAGCACGGACACGCAGGGGUCCUACUACGACUACUACCACCCCUCGGUGGUGACGACCAUGUCCCGUUGCAAGGCCCUGUGCAUUGAGACGUCGGGCUGCCAGGGCAUUCAGUUCAGUAUCCAUGGCUGUCAGAUUUGGACCCGUGUGGGUGGAAUCCAAAGCACGGCCCCGUCGCCGGACCUGACCUGCCUCAGCUACAAGCCCUUCCGGCUCGUGGAUGGCUUCAGCGACCGGUCCUGUCGCGGGACAAGCAUGCAGGACAACGCCCCCUCCAACUUCCUGAGCCUCACGUCGCCUUCGUUGGCAGCUUGCCAGAGCAGCUGUGCACAAGAGCCCGGAUGCAAAGGAGUGGAGUACAACGUCAGCGGCACGGCGUGCGAGGUGUGGACUCUGCCCUCGGGGAUCACGGCAAGUGUGGCAUCGCCAGGGACCACGUGCAUGAGGUACGAGCCCUUCGUCGCAGCAGACGGCGGCCUCAACCGGUCAUGCCGGGGAGCAGAUGUGGAUGAUGACUGGCCGAGCUACUACGUGGUCCGCGAGUACACCUGGUCCUCUGGCCCCUCCAUCGAGGAAUGCAAGGGCCAGUGUUUGUCGACGCCCGGCUGUCGAGGUGUGGAGUACACGAAAGCCCAGUGCAAGAUCUGGACCCGUCAGGGCGGGAUCCAAGCGACCGCUGCGAGUCCGGGAUCUUUGUGUCUGCGCUUCGGUCCCUUCGACCCCCUGGAGCUGCUCGAUGCCUUCUGGCCCUUCGACGGCGCUGACCGCGCGUGCCGCGGGAGCUCCCGCACGGACCUCCUGCCCAGCUACUACACGUCCGUUGGCCCGGACAAGGCCGCAUCCCUCGAAGCAUGCAAGAGCCUUUGUGUUCGCACCGCUGGCUGCAAAGCUAUACAGUUCACCUCCACCGAGUGCCAGCUCUGGACAAAGAGUGGAGGCGUGGAGGCCACGGUCGCGCAGCCCGGCUCCUCCUGCCUCCUCUUCCGGCCCUUCCGUGCCGUGGACGGUGCCGAGGACCGGCGCUGCGCCAGCAGCGGUGCCAACGGCGGUGCCAGCGACAGCCAGCCCAGUGACAGCUUGGCCUCCUGCCAGAUGCUGUGCCAAGAUUCUCCAUGGUGCGCCGGCAUCAGCUUCGAGUCUGGCAAUUGCUCCGUGCACACGGGCGAGUUCUCCAGUGAGGCAAGCCAAGGUAGCCAGUGCCUCAGCUACGAGCCUUUCGUGACGGUGGAUGGCGGCGUGGACCGGGCCUGCAGAGGCUCGCACGAAGACGACCUCAGCAGCUACUACUACAAGGGCUACGCCCUGACGGAAGUGCCGACGCUGGAGGGCUGCAAGCUGCGGUGCGCCGCCACGGAGCAGUGCCAGGGACUGGACUUCUCCGCUGAGGGCUGCAAGGUCUGGAACCGGACCGAAGGCAUCCAGGCCACCAAGGCGAGCCCCGGAAGCCACUGCCUGCGGUAUGGACGGCGUGAUCCCGUCUUGGACACGUCCUCUUUCAAGCCCGUGGAUGGUGGCGUCGGGCGCGCGUGCCGUGGUCAAGACGAGACAGACAACUUGGACAGCCACUACACGGUGCACGUGUUCUGGCCGGAGAACUCUACGUUGGAAGCGUGCCAGCAGCUUUGCAUGGAAACCCUUGCCUGCAAGGGCGUGGAGUUCCGGCUGGGAGCUUGCGAGAUUUGGACUCUGGCCGGCGGCAUCCAAGCAUCGGUAGGAGCACCCGGAAGGACCUGCAUGAGAUAUGAGCCGUUCCAGUCUGUCGAUGGGUUCUCUGACCGUGUUUGCCGUGGCAGCAGCUCCAGCGAUACUCAGGACUCCUACUACGCCAUAUAUUCACCAACCCAAGCUCCUUCGAUGGAAGCCUGCCAGUCCUUGUGCAAGACGACUCCAGGUUGCCAGGGAAUUGAGUACCGAGGUUGGUGCGAGGUGUGGACUCGACCUGAUGGCAUUGGGGCAGUGGCGCCCUCACUGGGAUCGCAGUGCCUGCGGUACCAGCCUUUCGCUGGCGUGGAUGGCGGGGUGAACCGUGCCUGUAGGGGAGUGGAUCCCACCGACAGCUGGAGCAUCUACUACACAGUCUUUGCGCAGGAGCAGGCAGCUACUGUAGAAGCUUGCAAAGCCAAAUGCAUUGCAGCAUCAGGUUGCAGGGGCAUUCAGUUCCAACCUGGAAGGUGUGAGGUGUGGACGAGGCGUGCUGGGAUUGGGGCCACUGUAGCCAGCGCGGGCACGAUCUGCAUGCGCUACGACACCUUCAACGUGGCCGAGGCGAGCGAUGCCUUCGUGACAGUCGGCCCCAACCAGGCAUGUCGAGGAUCAAGCCCAAUCGACGACCAGCCGAGCUAUUACAUUCUUCGUGGGCCAGAUGUGGCGGCCAAUGAAGAAGAAUGCCGACUCUUGUGCAUGGCCACACCUGAGUGUCAGGGAAUCGACUUUAGCUCGGAUGGUUGCAAGGUCUGGACAAGAAAAGCCGGCAUCGAGAGCUCUGCCGCCUGGGGAGGUGCCACGUGCUUGCGAUAUGAUCCUUUUGAGCCAGUGGAUGGUGGUGAGGGCCGUGCGUGUCGCGGGGCUGAUGUCAAUGAUGACUCGCAAGACAACUAUGUACUGCAUACCGUAGCUACAGUGCCCACUCUUGUAGACUGCAAGAUCAAGUGUGCCAGUACCACGGGCUGUAAAGGCGUGUCCUUCUCCGAAUCUGGCUGUCAAGUUUGGAUCCGGUCGGGCGGCAUCCAGGCGAGCGCCCCAUUGAGUAGCAGCUCCUGCUUCCGCUACAUGCCCUUCACCCCUGUCGGCGGAAACGACCAAGCCUGUCGAGGAGCCCACUCCCAAGACAACAACGCCAGCUACUACCAGUCAUUCUCACCAGAGCAGGUGCCGUCCAUGGAACUCUGUCGCUUACGGUGUGCUGCGACAGAUGGCUGCACUGGAGUCGAGUUCGGUGCCUUGGGGUGCAAAGUGUGGACUCGCUUCGAAGGCAUCCAGGCAACGGAGUUCGUGGCUGGCUCCCUGUGCCUCCGCUUCGGCAGCCCGAAUGAACUGCUUGAUGCAGGCGCCUUCAGGCCCAUCGACGGUGGUGUCGACCACGCUUGCCGUGGCCGCAAUGAGACCGACAAUCUGGACGAGUACUACACACUAUUCUGGGCGUGGCCGGAGAACGCCUCACUCCAGGCUUGUCAGGACAGGUGCGUGAGAACUCCAGGUUGCAGAGGCGUCGAGUUUCGGAUGGGAGGGUGUGAGAUUUGGACGACUCUGAUCGAAGCGACGGUGCCGUCCGCUGCAAGGACUUGUCUCAAGUACGAACCUUUUCGGACCUUGGGUGGCUUCAAAGACCGUGUUUGCCGGGGCAGUUCUUCAACAGACAGCCUGAGCAGCUACUACACACUCACUGGCCCGGAUGUUACCCCAACCCUGGAUGCUUGUCAGAAUCUGUGCGUAGCAACUCCGGCAUGCAAGGGUGUCGAGUACAGAGGCGGCUGGUGCGAAAUCUGGAGGCGCCCAGAAGGCAUCGGGGCAGUCGCGGUGUCUCCUGGUGCCGACUGCUGGCGGUACGAGCCCUUCCUAGAGGUGGACGGCGGCCUGAACCGAGCCUGCCGUGGGGCCGACGCCGCGGACAGCUGGAGUAGCUACUACACUCUGGUGUCAGCGAGCUCGCUCUUGGAAUGCAAAGAGGCGUGUCUGACGCAAUGGAACUGUAAGGGCCUUGAGUACCGCCAGGGCUCUCUGCACUAUCCCGGGAGGUGCGAGGUCUGGACGCGCCAGGCUGGCAUCCAGGCAUCGGCCCCGAGCACGGGCGCGCUUUGCCUCCGGCUUGGGGGGAGUGAAGAGCUGGCGACGGAUGCCUUCUUUGCUUUCCAGGGCGGCCUAAACAGGGCUUGCCGUGGCUCCGACCCAGCUGAUGACCAGGCAAGCUACUACGACUGGUAUGGGCCGGCAGGGAUCGAAACCUUGGAGCAAUGCAAGCUCCGCUGUGCGUCCACGCCAAACUGCCGAGGCAUCGACUUCAGCGAUGAAGGAUGCAAGGUCUGGACACGGGAGGUAGCAAGCAGCUCAGAGAGUGCAGGAUCCACGUGUUUGCUUUUCGAGCCCUUUCAGCCAGUUGAUGGUGGAGAGAAUCGUGAAUGCCGCGGUUCUGAUACCUCAGACAUCUCUGAAGGCUACUAUAGCCGGAGUCCGGCACUGUCACUCCAGGACUGCAAACUGCAAUGUGCCACCACCAGCGGCUGCACCGGCAUCUCCUACAACACAACUGGGUCAAGCUGCCGUGUUUGGACCGCCACGGUUCGAAGCUCCGUGGAGGCUUCUGGAAGCAGCUGCCUGCGCUACGGGCCCUUUGUGGACGUGAAUGGAGGUCGAGACCAGUCUUGCCGAGGAGGACACAUCUAUGACAAUGCUGCCUUCUACUAUCGGUCGUACACAUUGGCUCAGGUGCCCAACUUGGAGGCCUGCAAAGUGGAGUGUGUCGGUACACGCAGCUGUAAAGGGGUCGACUUCAGCCCUCUCCAGGGCUGUAAGGUCUGGACCAGGGUGCAGGGCAUCGAAGCAACAGCCGCGGCUCCCGGCUCCGUGUGCGUCCGCUACGGCGUGCCCGAUCCCCUGCGCUCUGCGGACGCCUUCCCGGGCAUGGAUGGUGGAAUCAACCGAGCAUGCAGAGGCGCCAACGAGACUGACAACGACGAGAAGCACUGGAUCUUCUACCCAAUCUCGCAAGUGAGGACACUCGAAGCCUGUCAGCUGCGAUGCAUCUUCAAGCCCGGCUGCAUGGGAGUGGAGUUCAAUCGAUGGGGCUGCGAGGUCUGGAUGCGCCCUGAAGGAAUCCAGGCCUCCGUCUAUGCAUCCGGCUACCAGUGUUUUCGCUUCAAGCCCUUUGAAGCGGCAGAUGGCUUCCAUGACCGUGCCUGCCGCGGGCAAGAUGUUUCGGACAACAUGGGCUCCUACCUGAUCUUCUAUGGCCUGUCAUCCGGAUAUGAUGGACAGCGGUCGACCUGCGAGCACCUGUGCGCGUCGACGUCCGGAUGCAAGGGCAUCGAGUUCAGCUCUGGCCACUGCGAGGUGUGGACUCGGGAAGCAGGCAUCCAGGCGACUGCCCCGGCGUUGGGAUCUUCUUGCCUGCGCUUCGAGCCGUUCUCGAACGUGGAAGGGGGCGUGGACCGGGCGUGUCGCGGGGAGGAUCCCUUCGACAACUGGCCAAGCUACUACACACUGACCAGCGCCAGCUCGGUCCAGGGCUGCAAGCAGCUCUGCAUGAGCACGCCUGGCUGCCACGGCAUUGAGUUCAGUAGCUCCGGCCGAUGUGAGCUGUGGACGCGAGCGAGGGGAAUCGGAAGCUCCUCCGCUGCGGUGGGAUACGUGUGCAUGCGCUACGGCUCCUGGGACCCCUCGGAUGUCCUCGAUGGCUUCUUGCCCGCGGAUGGAGCCUUCGACCGUGCCUGUCGCGGAAGGAAUCGGACAGACAUGGACCCCAGCCACUACGUGUCCUAUGCACUGGACAUCGCGCCGACUUUGGGGGCUUGCAAAGCGAUCUGCACAGUCACCCCUGGCUGCAAGGGUGUGGAGUACAGCAACUUCGGCUGUGAAGUUUGGACCCGCGCUGAGGGCAUCGAGGCGACGGCCGAAGUUUCUGGGUUCCAGUGCUAUCGCUACGUCGCCUUUGAGCCCGUGGACGGGGGCACGGGGCGUGCUUGCCGGGGUGCAGAUGCCUCAGACAACGCGCCGGGGAACUUCGUCCUCUACAGCCCCUCGGAGGUGCCCUCCUUGGAUCAGUGCCAGGCGCGCUGUGUGGCCCGGCCCGGGUGCCGGGGAGUCUCCUACGACCCUUCAGAAGGCUGUGAGCUUUGGACGAGGCCCUUUGGCAUCGAGGCCACCGUUGCCAAAGCCGGUUCCAGCUGCUUCCGCCACGAGCCCUUCACAAGUGCCGACGGCGGCCAAGACCGUGCCUGCCGCGGUGCGCAGCCUUGGGACAACUCCUCCGCCCACUACCGGGAAGCAACGCUUCCAAUCCCGACGUUGGCAGCUUGCAAGGUGGCCUGCGUAAACUCCCCUGGCUGCAAAGGUAUCGAGUUCCAGCCAACUGGCAAGUGUUUGAUCUGGACGCGUCCUGGCGGAAUCGACGCGACGGCAACCGCCUACGGCUCUAUAUGCCUCCGGCAUGGGGCUACCCAAGCUGGAGCCACCGAAGAAGGAAGCUUGGUGGGCCAGAUCCACUUGGCAUUGGACCCACGGCUUUGCCUUGAUAUUGCGGGCUUCAACAACGGCGAUUCCGUGCAAGUGGGGCCGUGCUCCUCCUCGGCUCGUUUCGUGAUGAACGAUGGCACAGCUCAGAUUCGUUUGGCGGAGGAUAUGACGAAGUGCUUAGAUGUGUCCGGUGGGGUCAAAAGCAACGGUACGCGGAUCCAAGUCUGGGAUUGCGAAACUCCGGUCCACGGCAACAUGCAGUUUCUCUUUCCAGACGGUGGUGUUGGCCAACUCAGGUGGGCCACUUACCUGGACAUGUGCCUGCAGCCCAUGGGCAACACCAGCGGAAGCCAGGUCAUCCUUUGGAAUUGCAGGCGGGCCUCCGGCUACUCGCGCGUCGUCCUGCCCAGCGGGGAGAUGCGGACGGUGCGCACGCCGAAGUUUGUUGCCCACUAUCUGCCAUGGUUCCUGGGCAACAACGUCGACGAGGCAUGUGCGAGGAGCGGGCCCGACUGCCCCUACAAGAACGACCACUGGUGUUCCGCCUACGGGAACUCCUACUACGCCAGUUAUUUGGGUGCCUACGACAUAACCGGUCCAAGCGUGAUUGAGACCCAGUUGGAUCUGAUGAAAGCAUCCGGUUUGGACGGCCUGUGGAUUGACUAUCAGAUGCCCACUUGGGAUGCCUCUGUAGACCGGAUCGUCGCUGGUCUGAAGCAAAGAGGCAUGGGUUUUGCCAUCAUGGUCGACGCAGCCACCUUCCCGGAUGUGAUGAAUAUUACAGCCGAGAAGGUCAAGAACUGGACCCAGGAGCCUCACUACUACCGCCACCAAGGCUUGCCGAUUGUACCCGUGUGGAAUAACAACUUCACCAUCUUCACGCCGCUGCCCGUGAAUGCGAUCUACAUCUCCCGCUUUGAGUUCGACCCGCCCGAGUGGGCAUCCGACACGUACACCUGGGUUCAGGAUGACUACCUCGUCAGGUACUACGAGCAACAUCAUCCCGUGGUCUCCUCUGGCUCGGCAUUCCGUGGAUAUCGCGAUUGCUAUUUCGACAAGACCCUCAAGGACCCCAACGUGACGCAGCUGGACAUCACGCUGAGCCGGGCGAGGCAGCACCGUCCGGAGUAUGUUCAGCUAGUGACCUGGAAUGACUACACCGAAGGCACUCAACUGGAGCCCAGCUGGAUACGCAGAGAGGGGGAGUGCGUGGACGUUUGCGGCGAGAGCUGCCUUACAGUCAGCGACUGCGACUCCUACGGUCUGCUGACCGACUGCACGAAGCCCGUGGGAUCCGCCACUGGCCCUGCGGAUCCUUCCUGCAACGUGACGGGCAACCUUAGCGCCUUCGCGGACAUCAACCAGGUGGCCCAGUUUAUCGCGCGCGAGCGCUACAUCGGCCAGGUCUUGGCCCAGGCAGCCCGCUACGCCCCGCUUUGA